CGCUCUUAGGCGUUGUGCCACACUACCGCAUUCCUUAGCAAUUUUGUUUAAGUUUUCGCAUUUAUUCGCUUUUACGUGGAAUGUCAGCUUACUGGAAGCCGCAGGAGACAAAGAGUAAAAGAUGCGCAUCUGCAUGGCGUCGGACUUCUUCUACCCGAGCAUCGGCGGCGUGGAGGAGCACGUAUACAACCUCUCGCAAAAGCUGCUCAGCCUGGGUCACAAGAUCGUCGUGCUGACCCACGCCUACGGAGACUGCAGUGGCGUUCGCUAUGUAACCGGUGGCCUGAAGGUCUACUAUCUGCCCAUCAAGGUGUGCUACAACCAGUGCAUCCUGCCCACCGCCGUCUGCAAUGUCCCCAUGCUGCGGGCGGUGCUCCUCCGGGAGCGCGUGGAAGUGGUCCAUGGUCACUCCGCCUUCAGUGCGCUGGCCCACGAGGCCCUGUUGGUGGGCUCCCUGCUGGGGCUGAAGACUGUCUUCACCGAUCACAGCCUAUUUGGCUUUGCGGACCUGUCGGCCGCCCUCACCAACAAUCUUCUGGAGGUUAACUUGGGCAUGGUGAAUCAUGCCAUUUGUGUGUCCCACAUUGGCAAGGAGAACACGGUUUUACGCGCUCGAGUGGCCAAGCAUCGAGUUUCCGUCAUCCCCAAUGCCGUGGACACCGCCUUGUUCACCCCUGAUCCCCGACAGCGACCCAGAAAUGAUACAAUCAACAUUGUAGUGGCUUCGCGUCUUGUCUACCGCAAAGGCAUAGAUUUGCUGGCUGGAAUCAUUCCGCGCUUCAAAAACACUAAAAAUGUAAACUUUAUCAUAGUGGGUGAUGGACCCAAGCGGGAUUUGUUGGAGGAGAUUCGUGAAAAGACAAAUAUGCAGGACAGAGUGCAGAUGCUGGGCGCCGUGGAACAUGCCAAGGUGCGCGAUGUCUUGGUCCGUGGCCACAUCUUCGUGAAUACCUCUCUGACUGAGGCCUACUGCAUGGCUAUUGUUGAGGCUGCUUCCUGUGGUCUGCAGGUGGUGUCCACCAGUGUGGGUGGAAUUCCAGAAGUGCUGCCAAAGAGUCUAAUACUGCUGGUGGAACCAGAAAUAGAUGCCAUAUACGCUGCCAUAUUGGUAGCCAUCGAGCGGCAUCAAAAGAGUUCCCUCAAGGUUAGCCCUCCAGCUGACAAUGGUCAUUUGCCGGAGGAGGCUAAUGGUAAAGGAAAGCGGCGACGUCGCAAGAAAGUGGAUGCAUCUACCUCCCCACCACAACUGCCAUCAUCCUGUGCUUCUCCUGCGGAUCACACAAGCCACACGGAGCCUAUGAUGUGCCCUUACAAAUGCAAUGAGCUGGUGGAGACGCUUUACAACUGGGAGGACGUGGCCCUUCGCACAGUAACUGUAUACGACCGGGUCCUGCAGGAGCGCUCCUUCACCACAAGCGAGCUGGUUUAUGCGGUGUGGCAGCACGGAUCCUGGUUUCUUGUCUUCUUCGUAGUGGCUCACUUUAUGAUGUGCCUGCUGGAGCUUUGGCGGCCUAGACGGCGCGUCGAGCUGGCCCAGGACUUGAUACGUUCGCCCAGCUAGCGAGGACUGAACGGAUUCCUUUCUUCCAUCCACUAGCCAGUUUGUUGUCCUUAGUCGUAGUCCAAAUAACUGUCUUCUCAUGUAGUAAAUAAUAGUCCAACGGCACGUGAUCCCACGAUAAAGAAGCCAUAGCGUAGUGAAA